AUAGGUCCUUCCUCAUUGACACAUAUACGUCGAGCACACUUGCACUCAGUAAGGUUUUGUUUCGUAACCACUCAGCCUGCCACCAGAGUGUUGUCUUCUAGGUUCAGAGCAGUUUUUCUGAGGAACCUACUAAGACUAAACCUAUGGAGUUAUCAAACAGGAUGACACCAUUGCUGUUUAAAGAUGCCUUUUGGGGGAGGGACUUCACCAGCCGAGAAGGAUACGACACGCUGAUAGACCGACUGAAAGAUGGGAGACAGAUAUGUAAAGAUGUGCAGGAGCUCAUUAAGAUGAGGGCCCAAGCGGAGGAGCAGUAUGGGAAGGAGCUGGUGCUGAUAGCCCACAAGGCCAGGGGGCUUAAGGAGAUCGGUACCCUGAGAGCGUCCUUUGAUCAACUUAAAGCACAUAUUGAGAAUAUUGGGAAUUUUCACAUCCAUCUGUCUAAUGUUUUGGAAGAGGAGGUGAAAAGGAUUGAGAUAUUCCAAGACAAGCAAAAGGCACAGAGGAAAAAGUUUGAGUCAAUCAUGGAGAAGCUAAUGAAGACUAAGAGUUCUUGGUAUAAGAAGACAAUGGAGUCCAAGAAGAACAGCAAGCAGAGGUGCCAGGAAGCUACUGAGGCAGAGAAUCUAGCUGCGAAAAUGUCUGCAACAUCUUCUACCCCCAAGAUCAUAGAGAAGGCAUAUCAAAAGGUCCAGCACUGUAAACAAACUGCGGCAGAAUCAGAGAGCCUUUACCUGGGCAACAUUGUGCAUUUGGAAAAUGUGCGGCAGGACUGGAUAGGGACACACCAGAGUACCUGCGAGGUUUUCCAACAACUGGAGUCUGACCGCAUCAGUUUCCUGAGAUGUGUGCUAUGGGACCACUGCAACCAUUUCUCAAUGCAGUGCGUCAAAGACGAUGAGAUUUACGAGGAUGUCAGGAAGGGUCUUGAGAAGUGUGAAAUCAGCACAGACAAUAACCUCUUCAUCCAGACGAAGAGCACCAGCAGUAGCCCGCCUGAACCUGUGAUGUUUAGGAACUACAGUGUUCUGCUGGAGGAGUCCCAGGGCAGCCCCAGCAACCUCAGCACUUUGGGGAGAGCAUCAGUCUCAGAGAGUCUUUCCAUAAUACACAGAGUGGGCUCUAACUCGUCUCUCACUGACGGAAAUCCUUAUUCAGAGUCAACGAGGAACUCUAGUGGCUCACUCAACUGUUCGAACACAUCUGGAUUCCAACAGACAAGUUCAAGAGCAUCGGUUGCCUUGAACGACAGCUAUAGGGUGGCUUACGAAUACAUGGCACAGAACACAGAUGAGCUGACCCUGUUGAGGGGGGAGGUGGUGCAGCUGAUGGAGCAGGGGGAUGACGGCUGGUGGACGGUGGAAAGGGACGGGGAGGUCGGACUGGUCCCUGGAAACUACCUGGCUCAGAUCUGAACUCGGUCCCUCCCACAUGCACACGCAUAGAAAUGCCCGCUUGCUCUUUGCCUCUCACACGUUUCUGUGUGUGUGUGCGUGGGUGCGUGUGCGUGUGUGUGUGUGUGUGCGUGCGUGUGCGUGGGUGUCAAUCGAUUAAUAGAUACAUACACUUUUGAUAUGUUUAUAUAGAUAAGAGAAAGAGAAACAAAAGUGGAGGGGGACUUCCAGGUAAAGCUUAAUACAGCUAUGAGGCCAGCUAUGAUCAAAUGUGGACAACUCAUAUUCCUUGCAGAAGUGUGUUCUAUAAGUGUUUGUGCUGGAAGGGAUGAUUGGAUGGCAAAGCUACAAACCAAUAGAAAUGUGUUGCACUAUAGACCUGUGAAUAAAUGAACUUCCGGGGCUGGUUUGAACCAAAAAUGAUGGCAUCACCGCCCUUGCGUCAUCUAUUUGUGACAAAUUUCAGAAGUGCGUGGCAUGUUUUAAAUCACCGUGUGCUGCAACUUUUGUGUCCCAUCGCAAAAUGUUGCUCUUUUUUUAAAGAGUGAUCUUCACGGUCUAACAUGGUAGUUUAUUGAUUGUACGCUGGAGUGGAGAUUAUGUGGAGAGAGCAAGAACAUGAAGAGGAAAGUUAAAACAUCCAGUUUUUUCUUUUGGAACAAGGUUAUCUUUUUUUAUUUAUCUUUUUAUUUUGAAGGUCUUGAAAACAUCCCAUUGUUUUUCUAACAAUAUCACUGGAUUGGUAUUUGGACAUUUCAGUAGCGAAAUGUCGAUCUCAGCUUAAAAUAGAAAAGGUGUUUAAGAAUUCCCAAUAGAUAAAUGCAAACAAAAAGGAAACAUUGAGGCAAAAGCCAACCAGAUUAAAUUAUAUAUAAAAAAAAUUGUGCCUACAUGAUACGCCCUCUACCCGGUGAGCCACCAACCGGAUUCAAUAAGAUACUUUUCUCAUGUGAUGUUUUUAUUUUUACAAGCGUGAGAAGUGGAUUCACAAGCACAUACUAGGCUACAAUGGCAUAUUAAUCUCACAAAGAGCUGGGGAAUCGUUUAUUCAAGUCUCCAUUAUGCGCUCUAUAAAGCUGUGGAACGUAGGGCCUUGGGAGAGCACACAUGUAGAGCUGGAGAACAUAGGACACAUAAUCAACUUGUUCAUGUUCCAUAUACAUUUGGGGGACAUAGGUCCCUGGAGUCAAGUCAAAAUUGUCCCUCGGCUAUUUAAAAAAAUAACAUAUAGACUAUAAAGUAACUUGCAUCAUUUUUGUUGACAUGAAAUUGUAAUUUUAGAAAGGAAUGUACUAUUUUUGGUGUAGAGAGCUAUAGACAGUUUGUGCCACAAGUAUAGCAUUGGCUCAGCUGGUUAAACUAUGAUACGUUACUUCGUACUAACUAAUGGAUCUCAGACCAGGAUCAAAAUGUGUCAAAAUGGUGCUUUUACACUACAAUAUUAACAGGGGAGAGAAACCGCCUACAUGGGUUGAUGGGAACAAUGUUUUAUUACUACUCUUAUUUCAAGACAGCCAGGUAUUAAUUUGGGCACUGAUACUUAAUGAAUGUAUGGUAUAGCAGAAAAUGUUGUGCUUCAUCCAUAAAUGAUGCAGAAAAAGAAAAUUGGCCAUUCAUUCCUAUCCCUUGCCAUGGUGUUCCUUCCAGAUAAUACAUUUUCAAAAAUAAUGUAGAUUGACAGGUCUAUGAACUACACUCAAAUGCCAAGCCCCCCCUAUGGACUCCAUAGAUAAGACUAAUCUAAGAAGCAGCCCCACUUUGUAAUACUCUCCUGCUAGAACGAUUGACUUAUCCUUUUUAAUUAAGUAUGUUAUUUGCUUUUUUGCUUAGUAUUCCUUUGUAGCUGAGAAGCCAAACCACUGCGUUCUGUUUAUAUGUUGUAUGACUCGCAACAGAACUAUGCAGCUUUCUCAACUGAAUAGUAGGCCUAUCGUUUUAUUUACCAUUUUGUUGUGCUGAAAAUAAACAUGCCUUUUUAACCUUU